GGCCAAUCACAGUAGCUCUUUCAACGGCGCACAAUAUUCAACAUGGAGCCGACCGUUGAAAGGCUUGAAACGAUGGUUUUGAAGUCAGAGGCUGAUCUGGAUUACAUUGCAAAGCGACUGAAGCUGGAUUUAAUCAACCAUGCAGCAAAGGAAGGGUGCUCCUCUGAGAACAAUGUGAUGGGGAUGCUGGAAAACCUCAGAUAUAUCAAGGAAAAACAUUCACUUCUGAGGGAUCAGAUCAGUAAGAUCACCGAUGCUCAGAAAGAAUCGAUGGAGACCAUCAGGAAAAGGCAGAGCCGGGCCAUGGAGCUGCUGAAGGAAUGUCAGGAAGCAUCAGAUUUAAAGGCUGAAUCAUUCGAAGGAUUGGGGCAAGAAUCCUCCAUGUUCCUGGAUUGGUCGGAGCACAGCUGAUGUAUGAUUUUAAACAAACACUUAUAGACAAAGUUCAUUUGGUUUAUAUGAAACGUAACAUGAAGAAAAGCAACAAUUUGCUACAAAUAACACAAAUUGUUACCUUUAUAAAUGUGUUAUGCUAACCACUGGCAGUAUACAACCCCUGGCAAAAAUGAUGGAAUCAGAGGCAUCAGAGGAUGUUCAUUCAGUUGUUUAAUUUUGUAGAAAAAAAGCAAAUCACAGACAUGAAACAAAACUAGUCAUUUCAAAUUGCAACUGUUUGGCUUUAAGAAACACUAAAGGA